AGGUUGUUAUUUUACCUCUACAAAAACAAUUCGAAAAUGAGUUUCAAAAAUAAAGUCGUCAUUAUAACAGGAGCAAGUUCUGGAAUUGGAGCAGCUACAGCUAUUCAUUUCUCCAAAGAAAAGGCUAACGCAAUCCUUGUAGGAAGGAACGAGACGAAAUUAGCGAAAGUAGCUGCUCUUUGUAUUACAAAACAUCUUGUCGUGAAGGCUGACGUUUCCAAGGAGGACGAAGUGAAGAAUAUCGUGAAACGAACUGUUGAUGAAUUCGGUAAGAUUGAUGUACUGGUGAACAAUGCUGGGAUAAUGACAAGUGGAACAAUUAGAGAGGGAAAUAUUCUGAGCGCGUAUGAUAAUGUAAUGGCUACGAAUGUACGCGCCGCUAUACAUCUGACGUGUUUGUGCGCAGACCAUUUGAUAGCUACCAAGGGUAAUAUUAUAAAUGUGUCCAGUGUAGCUGGUAUGGUGUUACAGUCAACAGGAGACAUGCUUCCCUACAGCGUGUCAAAGGUUGCACUGAAUUUGUUUAGCCAGGGUGCUGCUUUGGAACUUAGCAAGCAUGGCGUUAGAGUGAACAUUGUGAGUCCUGGACCAGUUGCCACGGAUAUUAUUCUAAACACAGCAGGCUUCGAAACAAAUAUUACUUGGAAGGAUUUCGAAGGCAUUACACUUCUCAAUAGAGUCAGCGAACCGGAGGAGAUAGCGGAACUCAUAGCUUACCUCGCUAGUGACAAAGCUAGGGGUAUCACUGGCUCAAACUUCGUAUCCGAUAACGGAUGUAUACUAAAACGCCAAUAAAAAAUCUGCUAUCGA